AUGGUUGUCGCGGCAAGAAAGUUGCUGUUUGCAGACGACCCUGUUUUGUUGGCACCUCCUGAGCGCUUUCUGGAAGUGUUCGCAGCCGAAUGCUACGUAGCCGGCAUGCGUAUGAACCUCUCUGUAAUGAAAAACCCUUAUGCCUUCCCAUACAGUACUCCUUGCGCUGUGCAGAUUAACGGUGAAGCAGUGGAACAGGUGGAGAGAUUCACGAACGAUUCUGAUGAUGGAAAACUUGAGGAAGAGAUCGACCGGCGGACUGGAAUGGCCAAUGGCCACCGGAGCCGCUGA